AUCUAUAUAAUUUAUUAACAGCACGAAUUAGAACACCUGUUAAAACGUUCUUAUUUUCUUAUUACUCUUUUAUUUUGUUUUUCUAAACCCGGUAAUAGUUGUCUUAAACUAGAUUGUUCAGAUAAUUUUUAAUGGUUUUGGUCUGUUUUCCAAAAAUACUGAGAUUAUUAUUAACUAUUCAUUCUACUGCAUACCCUGUAGGUACCUAUCUUGCUUCUUAUUGUGUUUUGUGACUUUGUGGUAGAUUAACAUCAACUGUUACUUUGUGGUUUGUGUUACGGCGGACAUGUUUUGAACAGGAAAACCAAAUGUAAUGUCAACAGAUCCGCAUUGGUUAAAGGGAGUAAUAGCUGUUGCAGUUGGCAUUGGAAUAACGGUUGGUUCAGUUGGGGUGGUUUUUAUAUCUCGACUACUAGAAAAAAAAGAAAAACUUUUAUUAAAACAAGAAGUUGAUGAAUUAAAUACUGCAAUACUUGAUCUUCAAGCAGAAUUUAAAGCAUUAAAGAAAAAAAUUAUAAAACCAGGAAAAAGAUUAACUUUAUCUAGUAGCACCAGUGUAACAAGUGAAGCUAGUUUGUAUACAGCAUUAGGAACAGACGACGAAUUUCACGACAUGUCAUCAGAAAAUGAAGAAUCCCAUAAUUCAAACCUUCUGAAUGAAAAUCCAGAUGGUAGUUUGUCUUCAGAACAUUUUAGCGACCAUUAUACUGGACCUUCGUUACUCAGUGAUGAUAUUUUUGAUCAAGUAGAUGAAUUAUUUGAAGGUUCUGAUGAAGAUAAACUUAAAGCUUAUGAAAUAUUAGUAAACCUUAAUGAAGAACGAACAGAUGAUAUUGAGGUACUUUGGAGGUUAGCAAAAUCUUGUCAAUUUGUAUCAAAAUAUUAUACAGCAGCAAAAAAAAAUACAGAAAAGAGUAAAUCGGUUAUUGAUGAAGGUGUUAAAUGGGCAAAGCAUGCUUUGGAAAUGUAUCCAGGGAAUUGCAAUGCACACAAAUGGUUUGCUAUAUGUAGUGGUGCUCGUGGUCAGUUAGGUACAACUAAAGAAAAAAUUGAAGGAGGUUACAUAUUCCAAAAUCACAUAAAUGAAGCAAUCAAAAUCAAUUCUCGUGAUCCAACUUUAUAUUAUUUAAAAGGAAAACUUGAAUAUGAAGUUGCUGUAUUGUCAUCUUUUGACCGACGUAUAGCCAGUUGGUUAUAUGGAGAAGUACCUAAAGGUACAAUACCAGAGGCUAUUGAAUUAUUUUUAAAAUUUCAACGUGAAUCUCCAAUUCAGUUAAAAGACUGUCACCUACAUCUUGCCAAGUGCUACCUAGCGAAAAAUGAGUAUGAAAAUGCUGUGAAUUGGUUGGAAAAAACAUUGCAGCUUCCUGUCAAGGAUUCUGAGGACAGAGAAACGGAUAAUGAAGCCAAUCAACUUCUCAAGAAAUACAUAAAAUAUAAAAAAGCUUAGGUUCCAUUGUUAUUUUCUGAUAUUUUUUUUCUUCCAUAACCAAACUACGUGAUUUUUAAAUUUUCAACUUUAUGUAUGUUUAUUUUUUUCUAUUUUUUGGUGUAAUGUAACAGUGGUAUAUUAUAAUUUAAUUUUAGUUUAUUUCUAUAUUAUGUUAUAAACAAAAAAUUGCAUUUCUCUGAAAUUUUAAAAUUUUAAUCAUAAUUAUGAAAAUAUUGGUUCUCAAGUUUAUUACAGAGUAUUAUUAUAUUUUUUGAGACUUAAUUGUAUUUAUUUAAACCUUUUAUGUUCAUAAUUGUUAUUUUUACAGAUAGUUAACAUCAAUCAAAUAAUGUUUGAUCAAAGUUAUAGUUUUGAUUUAAUAUCUACAAGUCUUAUUAUUUUUAUUUUUUUUUUUGAAUUUUACUUUAAGGAACUGCCAUGUUACCUCUCAAAAUAUAUUAAAUAUUUCUUUUUGUAUUGUAUCCUUUCAUACACCACUUUUACAAUAUAACUUUAUGAGUAAAAAUUUAUAUUACAAAUAAAUUGACUUAUUCAUGUUGGUCUAAUUAAAAAAUAGUGUAAUUAAUUACUUAUUAGUUGGAAAAAUAUAAUUAUAAUUAAAAUAAAUAGUGAUUAUAGCAUACUAAUAUUGUAAUCAGUGAAACAUUAAGUUGUGAAAAAUGAAUUUCUAUUGUGUUAAUUUUGUUAUUGUACAUUUAUUAUUAAACCAUUGGGUGUAGUUCUUAUAAUAUGAUCUACUCAAUAAUAGUAAAUGAUACAUUUAGAAAUUUGUUUAAAAAAAUGUUACUUGAUAAAAUAAAUGUGACACAUAAUAAAUUAUAAUCUAAAAAUAUAGUUAAAUUUAACCAAA